AUGAGGGGCACAACACUGGCGCUGGCCUUGCUCACCCUCCUCAUCACAGCAGGCCAAGGAAGAGCCGAAGGAAAUACCGUGAAGCUCUGCGGGAGAGACUUGGUCCGAGCCAUCGUCUUCACAUGUGGAGGCUCCCGGUGGAAAAGGGAUUUACCUGAUUACCACUACCUGUUCGAGAGUGAAAAUCCCCUGCCUUUCUCACAAGAAGACAACAGUUAUGCCGAUGCCUUGAUGCGUGCAGGCCAGAGGCUGGAGACUGACAGCAAAGAAAUCCACCACAACAAACCCGACACAGAGCAAGGCUUGCAACACGCCAGGAAGAUGUCUGCGCUAAAAAAACGUGAAUUAGCCCAGUUGCUCACCACAUCCUGCUGCAGCAUCGGCUGCAGCGAGAGAGAGAUCAGUUCCCUGUGCUAA